AUGGCUCUACAACCCUCUCUACGCGCUCAAACCAUUCUUGGAAGCUCUGGCGCGUUGCAUACCAUAGAUGUCUUCUUGGAUUAUGUCUGCCCAUAUAGUGCCAAAAUGGCGUUCAAGAUAGACAAGAUCUUGAAGCCCCUCAUUGAACGCGGUGGGCCAUACGAGGGCAAAGUUCAGGUUAUAUACCGUUUCCAGGUUCAACCGUGGCAUGCCAUGUCGACUCUCACAAACGAGGCUGGACUUGCUGCUCUACGCGUUUCCCCUGAGAACUUCUGGGCAUUCAGCCUUAAUCUCUACAAGCACCAGGAAGAAUAUUUUGACAUUCCUACCCAAGAUUUGACGACUCGACAAGUCCGUGAUAAUUUGGCCAAGCUCGCAGCAGAGGUUCUCCCCGCAGAUAAAGUUGAAGCUUUCAAAGAUCUUCUUGCUUUCAAAGGUUCUCCAAACGGUGGUAACGCCGUCACUGAUGACUUGAAGUACAACAUCAAAUUCUCAAGGCAGAAUGGAGUUCACGUGUCUCCUACUGUUCUGUGGGACGGAUUGUACCAAUCCAAGAUUGAGAGCUCGUGGGAAGAUAGAGAUUGGAAGGACUUUUUCUCCCAGCAGAUUUAG